UGAAGGGGUUCGGCGCGGAGCUCCGCACUGCAGUGGGUCCUUGGUGUUGGGGCCGCGGCUCCGAGCUCCGGCCGCCAUCUCCGAGCUCCGUGCCCGUCAUCUCAUCUCCGUGCCCGUCGGCGGGCGCCCUUACCCCGCCUUCCUGCCAUGCUGCGGUGGCCGGUGUCGGCGUCGGCGUGAGCGGCGAGCGGCGGAUCCCCGCGGCCAUGCAGGGCCUGGCGGGCUGGGCCGUCUUGGUGGCCCUGGGCGAGUGGCUGUGGGCGGGCGGCGUGGUGCCGUUGGCGGAUUUUUACCCCUUCGGGCCCGCGCAGGGCGACGCCGCCACGCGGAAGCAAGACGACGGCGGCUCCGAGCUGCGGCCCCUCUCCAUCCCCUUCCCCUUCUUCGGCGCAGGGCACACCGGCCUCUAUGUGAACAACAAUGGGAUCAUCUCAUUCCUGAAGGAGGUCUCCCAGUUCACGCCGGUGGCCUUCCCCAUCUCCAAGGACCGGCGUGUGGUGGCUGCUUUCUGGGCAGAUGUGGAUAACCGGCGGGCGGGCGAUGUGUAUUACCGGGAGAGCACCGAGCAGCCCAUCUUGGAGAGAGCGAGCAGGGACAUUGUGCAGUAUUUCCCCGAGUUUCCGGGGUUUUCCGCGCAGUGGGUCUUCAUUGCCACCUGGUACCGAGUGACCUUUUUCGGGGGCAGUUCGUUUUCACCAGUAAACACUUUUCAGAUUGUCCUCAUCACGGAUGGCAAGCUGUCCUUCACCAUCUUCAACUACGAGUCCAUCACCUGGACCACGGGUAUGCACGCCAGCAGUGGGGGGGACUUUGCUGGGCUCGGCGGCAUUGCGGCACAGGCAGGUUUUAACGCUGGUGAUGGAAAGCGCUACUUCAACAUCCCUGGAUCGCGCACCGAUGACAUCGCUGACGUGGAGAUGACGACAAAUGUGGGUAUCCCCGGGCGCUGGGUGUUCAGAAUCGAUGAUGCCCAGGUGCAAGUGGGGGGCUGCAGCAAUACAACCUCUGUCUGCCUGACGCUGCGGCCCUGCCUGAACGGGGGGAAGUGUAUCGAGGACUGCAUCACGGGGAACCCCUCCUACACCUGCUCCUGCCUGGCUGGCUUCACUGGGAAGAGGUGCCACAUCGAUGUGGACGAGUGUCUCUCCCACCCAUGUCAGAAUGGAGCCACCUGCCUCAACGGUGCUGGCAGCUUCAGCUGCAGGUGCCUGCCGGGCUUCAGAGGCACCAGCUGUGAGAGUGAAGAGUUGCCAUGUGAGGGCAGGGAGUGCCAGAAUGGUGGGAGGUGCCAGGCAGCAAAUGGGACGGCAACAUGCUUGUGCCAGCCGGGGUACACGGGGACGGAGUGCCAGACAGAGGUGAACGAGUGCGAGUCCAGCCCGUGCCUGAACGGUGGGCACUGUGUCGAUCUGGUUGAUAACUUCACCUGUGUGUGCCUGGAGCCCUUCGUGGGACAGCGCUGCCAGACAGACUCAUCUUCCUGUGAGGAUCGGAGCUGCCGGAACCGGCAGACGUGCAACUACAUCCGCCCUGGCCGCUACAUCUGCACCUGCUCCCCGGGUUAUUACGGCAACAACUGCCAGUAUGGUGGGCCUCAGGUGCCCGGUGCCUGCCUCUCCCAGCCCUGCCAGAAUGCGGGAAACUGCCUGGAGACGGAGCAGGGCUACAUCUGCGAGUGCCAGGAGGGCUAUAGCGGGCAGGACUGUCGUGACAAGCUCUCAGAGGGCUGUGAAUGUCGCAAUGGGGGCAGCUGUCUGGAAGGGAACGUCACCAUCUGCCAGUGCCUGCCUGGGUUUUUUGGUCUUCUCUGUGAAUUCGAAGUUACCACCACCCCAUGCAACGUGAACACGCAGUGCCCAGACGGCGGGUACUGCAUGGAGUAUGGCGGGAGCUACCUCUGCGUCUGCCACACGGACUAUGGCACCAACCACACGAUGCCGUCACCCUGUGACUCAGAGCCCUGCCUGAACGGGGGGUCCUGCGAGGUUCACGAUGACUCGUACUCCUGCGAGUGUCCUCAAGGAUUCUUUGGGAAACACUGCGAGAAAGCCAAGCCACAAUUCUGCAGUCCAGGGCCCUGUCGCAACGGGGGCACGUGCCGGGAGGCAGAUGGCGAGUACCACUGCAGCUGCCCCUACCGCUUCACUGGCAAGCACUCCCCUGCCUGCCCUGUGCCCCCAGGUAAGCCGGACCCCUGUGCCUCAGGGCCCUGCCAGAACGGGGGCACCUGCUUCCACUACAUCGGCAAGUACAAGUGCGACUGUCCCCUGGGCUAUGCUGGCCGGCACUGCGAGAUCGUGCCCUCCCCAUGCUUCCCUAGCCCCUGUGAGAAUGGUGCUACCUGUGAAGACCUUGGCAGGGGCUACACAUGCACGUGCCCCAUGGGCUAUGUAGGGAAGCACUGCCAGUCCGAGGUCGACUGUGGCAUCCCUAGCGAGGUGAAGCACGCCCAGGCCUCCUUCAACUCCACCAAGGUGGGCUCGCUGGCUGAAUACCAGUGUGAGCUGGGCUACACCCUCAGUCAGCACAACCACCCCCGCGUCUGCAGCUUGCCAGGUGUCUGGAGCGACCCCCCCGAGUGCGAUGAGAUUGAUGAGUGCCACUCCCAGCCCUGCCUGAACGGCGGCCAGUGCAAGGAUCGUGUUGCUGAGUUCCUGUGCCUUUGUGAGAUGGGUUACACCGGCCACCGCUGCGAGUUGGAUGUCAAUGAGUGCCAGUCGGAGCCCUGUAAGAACGGUGGGACCUGCCAGGACCUCCCUGGGUCCUUUGCUUGCUUCUGUCCCGAGGGCUUUGUGGGGACCCAGUGCGAGACAGAAGUGGAUGCCUGUGAGUCAGGUCCUUGCCGAAACGGAGGGGAGUGCGAGAGCUACAGAGGCUCCUACCUUUGCGUGUGCCCCGAGGGUUUCUUUGGCUACCACUGUGAGACAGCCAGCGACCCGUGCUUCUCCAGUCCCUGUGGGAGCAGAGGCUACUGCCUGCCCAGCAAUGGCACCCACAGCUGCACCUGCAAAGUCAGCUACACAGGCAAGAGCUGCGAGAAAGAAUUGCUGCCACCAACCUCAUUAAAGGUGGAAAGGGUGGAGGACACUGGUGUGUUGAUUUCUUGGCACCCACCUGAGGACGCAGCCGCCAGGCAACUCAUUGACGGCUACGCCGUGACGUACGUAUCCCUCGACGGCUCUUACCGCAGGACAGAUUUUGUGGACCGAAGUCGUUCUGCCCACCAAUUGCGGGCACUAGCCUCCGGCAGAGCCUACAAUAUUUCUGUCUUUUCAGUCAAACGCAACGUGAACAACAAGAAUGAUAUCAGCAGGCCCAUCAUGCUCACCACGCGCACUAGACCGCGUCCGGUGGAAGGCUUUGAGAUCACGAAUGUGACAGCCAGCGCCAUCACGGUGCAAUGGGCUCUCCACCGGCUCAAGCACUCCACCGUCAGUAGGGUGCGUGUCUCCAUCCGCCAGCCGGGGGAUCUGGCAGACCGCACUGUGGAGCUGAACAGCAGCGUGGCCAAGUACACCUUCCUGGACCUGCAGCCAGGAGAGAGGUACAUUGUCCAUGUCACAACGCUGAGUGGCCAGGGGACAGAAGACCACCCCUCAGAGAGUUUGGCCACAGCCCCCUUCCAUGUGUGGACAAGGCCUCUACCCCCUAAAAACCUCACUGCUUCCCGUGUCACCACCACCUCGGUGUCCAUGGCAUGGGAGAAGCCACCCACUGGUGCCAUGGAGGGGUACAUCAUCAACGUCACCACUGCUCAGAGUGUGAAGAGCCGCUAUGUGCCCAAUGGGAAGCUUGUGUCCUACACAGUGCGGGACCUGCUCCCCGGGCAGCGGUACCGCCUGUCUGUGACAGCUGUGCAGAACACGGAGCAAGGCCAAGUGCACAGCGAGCCCGUGCACCUCUACGUCACCACCUUGCAGAGGGAUGGGGCUGGGUCUCCGGAGAGAUGGUGGAGCCAAGCUGGACACGCCCGGGUCCUGCGCAACAGGCUGCCCCCAGCUUUCCUGCCAGAGCUCCGCUUGCUAGCAGAUCACGACACAGCUGAGGAGCCCUCACCAGGCCCCAGGUUCACUGAGCUGGUGGAUGGCAGAAGGAGGAUCAGCGCCAAGUUAAGCACUGCAUUGGGCAAAUCCAUCACUGUGAAGACAGACCCAGAGGCUCCAGUGAAGCUGGAGAACGCGGAGGUGUCCAGCCAGGGCAGUCUGGCACUGCAGCUGAGCGAGGCGAAGAGCAAGAGUAAGUCUGGGGGAAGCACACGAGGAGCCUGCAGGCAGGCAGGGCACAUGGCAGCAGCUGGCUGUCCUUGCUGUGAGGGGCAGAACUGCUCCACGAACCCCUGCAGGAACGGCGGCGCCUGCGCCAGGGAUGCCGAGUCCUACCGCUGUGACUGCCGGCCGGGGUUCAAGGGCCGGCUCUGUGAGCUGGCAGCCUGCAAGAAGGUGCCACACUCAUGCACGCGGCUGUACUCGGAAACCAAGUCAUUCCCUGUGCGGGAAGGAGGCACCUGCCACUACCUGUACAGAAGAGUCUACAAGGUACAGCAGGACAUCUGCUACAAGGAGAGCUGUGAGAGCACCGGUUCCAAGAGAACAACCAGCAGAAAACCAAGCAACAGUCACACACUGAGGAAGCCGUAGAGAUUCAAAGCAGUAGAAGCUUCGUCUUUCCACGUCUAAGGGCUUUUGAAACACCAGGAAGAUCUGAUCUGCUCCCUGGGUUGAACACAGCAGGGGAACCUUCCUGCCUGGCAUCAGCCCCUCUCUUUUGUCCAGCCCGCUAGGGACACACAGCCAGAUGGGCAUGCCAAGCCGCACUCCCCUCCCUCCACCGCACCAGCACUGCCUUUGCUCGGGCUUGCCUUGCUCCAGCCGCCUCUGCCCCUGAGGAGCUGAGUGCCCAUGAACCGCAGCAGCUGGUGCCUGUCCACCCCCCAGCCCCUCCGCACGAGUGCUGGGCCCCCAGCUCUGCUUGGGCAUGGCUGAGGCUGAGCCCAGUCCCUGCCAACAGCAUCCGCACCAACCUGAUUUUGUAAUCCAAGGGUAGAAAUUACCUGUAACCCCUAAAUAAAACAGCCUAAAGCAGACCACAACGCCUUAGCUAUCACCUGAAACAAUCUGCUUAGGGGAGACCUUCCUGAUGUAGACAAGUUAGAAAGGGUGAGCAGCAACGCGAGCAGUGGACACACAUCCCUGUCUCCUCUGUUCUCGCAGGGGAAACUGAGGCAGCUUCUACUGCCUUUUUCUUUGCUUUGUAAACAAUCCCUGGUUUUAACCACAUUUCUAGCUCAGAAAGCAACAGAGCACCUAGAAAGAAUUUUAAAAGUGACUUGUAGGGGGAAGUUUGUCAGCUGCCCAGUUAACACCGUACUUGUUCUGGUGCUUGUUGCCUCCAAGCCACAGCAGUGGCUUGGUGCUGAAGCAAGCCAUGUACCAUCCCCGCACGCUGCCCGCAGCAUUUGCCUUCCCUGUGGCACCCGCGGGCACCGAGAGGGUGGUGCUGUGUUUGUGGAGGAGAGGACCAGCAUGCAGUGGCUGUCCCACCAGCUGCGGCAGGGCAGGCAAGGAAAAAGUGUAGCUUAGAAACGUUCCUAGUUUUAAUGAGUUUGUAUGGCAACACUAGUUAAACAUAGAUUUGUGUAUUAACAUACACAGUGUAUAUUAUAAAUUAAUACAUACCAGAGAUAUAUCGUAGUUGUGUUAUAGAGUGUUAUUUCCCCAGCAGCAUGGGGGGCAGUGGGGCAGGGCAGCCCUGCCCUCCCAUGAGCAUUGCAGGGGCAGUUUUUGUUCAGCCGCACGUAUGGAGCUGCAGCCUGGAAGGUGCUCUCGGAGCAGAACAGGCUCUGGAGUUUGAGCACUCCUGGCACCACCCUCCCCCUCCCAGGAGCAGCCGAAGAGCACUUGGCCCAGAGGAGCAGCAGCCUGGGAAGCAGCAGGGACUGUAAAGCCCCAACCAGCUCGCCAGGACCAUGCUCCCCUCCUGCACAUGCUCUAACUCUCCUCCCGGAGGAGAACCGGAGUUGGAGAUGGAUGUGCCUCGCUCUCUUCCAAGGCUGCCUGGCCCUGCUCCAGCCCCGCUGCCCACACAGUGCGCACACGAGUCCUGUCCUAGGGCAGGAGAAGCCAGGCCUGGUCUGGAAGAGCAGAGAAAGGGGAAAACCAGAACAGCCCAUGCUGUCCACAAGGCAGGGGAGGUUUUGGGACCACGCUCAGAAUGUGUUUGUACCCCUGCACUGCCAGCCACGAGACCAGCGCCAACAAGGGCUGCAAAGGUGGAGGCAGCACAGCCAGUGCUGCCCCAGGGCCUGUCUCCACAGCAAAGGGCAGCAGGGCCAGCACAAUGUGUAACAGCCAGAAGGUUUUAACCUCGCCUUGGAAAUAAAUUAGUUAUUUUUG